ACCCCCCCAAUAAAUAUUUAAAAAAAAAUUAAACAACGAUUGCUUGGUGGUACGAAGGAAACUAACGUGCCACAGUUCAGAGGUCAGAGGGUGAUGUUAGGUCAUCAGGCGAUCAAUAAUCAACAUGGCUUUGGAGUUAGACUCGCCGAUCUACACUGGCACCAAGGUUUUCUUACCUAUUUCCAAGGCUGUUGGGCUUCCUGUUGAUCAGCUCAACUUUGUGAUCUGCCAGCUGUUUGCCAUCCUCUUGGGCGUGUUCCUCAGGGUUCUCCUUCCGCGGGGUGACGGUCAAUCCACAUGGCGUUAUAUGUACUGUCUGCUGGCUGGCGUGUCCAUGAUGUGGGCGCUUAUAGUAGGAUGGUGAGUUGUGGUUGUUGUUGUUGUUGUUGUUGUUGUUGUUGUUGUUGUUGUUGUUGUUGUUGGUAGUGGUGGUGGUGGUGGUGUUGUGGUUGUUGUUGUCGUUGUUGUUGUUGUUGUUGUCUAUGGUGGCGGUCGUUCCACAUGGCGCUAUAUGUACUGUCUGCUGGCUGGCGUGUCCAUGAUGUGGGCGCUUAUAGGCUGGCAAUCGUUCCUGGUGUAUGCACAAAUCAUGGGAUGUUACCUGAUGAUGAAAGUAAUGCCUGCCACGCGCCAACAGCUACCCGUGUUUUUCUUCGCCCUGGGCUACAUGCUGGCCCUGUACGUCUAUCGGCUGACCCUGCCCUUUGGUGACCUCUGCUAUGACGCCACUUACCCGUUGAUGAUCACCACCCAGAAGCUGACUACCUUAGCCUUCAGCAUCAGCGACUGGAGGCUAAUACAGAAGAAAGGGGACAGGAUGGACUCGGAGAGGCUCAAGUGGGCUGUCAGGAAGACAACAAAAUUGCUGUGGAUUUCUUGGAUGACACGGGCUCUUGUGUGGCUACCGUGAUCAAGAAAGUUUUAGCUGUUUUUUUCUGGAUGGCGGUCUCUAUGCUGGCUAAGCCGUACUUUCCAGAUGAGAAAAACGUCGACCCUGAGUUUAUGGCCAACAACACUAUGUUGACACGUGUGGGGUACCUGUAUGUGUCCUUGUUCCUACACAGAGCCAAGUACUAUGUCACCUGGGGGCUGGCCGAGAUUGUUUACAAUGCCUCGGGGAUGGGAUAUAACGGCAGGGACAAAGAUGGCCGCCACGACUGGACGGGAAUGUGCAACGUGCACGUGUGGAGGAUCGAGUCGGCAACCAGCCUCAAGGUGUACCUGGACAACUGGAACAUCAUGACUACACACUGGCUGCGACACGUGUGCUACACGCGCGUGCCCUUCCAGCGCACCAUGCUGACCUUUGUCCUGAGCGCGCUGUGGCACGGCCUGUUCGUCGGCUACUACCUUACCUUUGUGUCCGCUUCCAUCUUUGUAGAGGCUGGGAGGAAGAUCAGGUCCAGCGUGCGCCCAAAGUUCCAGACGUCGUCUCUCCUGCGGUCCGUGUACGAGGUGAUCACGUUUGUGGGCACACAGCUGAGCCUGGCUUUCCUCGUCCUCUCCUUUGUCAUACUGCACUGGGAGCCCUGCAUCAAGUUCCACAGCUCUUUCUACUGGUUUUUUCACAUCGCCUGCGUGGUGAUUCUCCUAGUUCUGCCAGCGAGAAAGUCGAGUCGACUGCAACAGCAGCAGCAGCAACAGCAGCAGCAGAACAACAACAUGCAACAGGCGGUGAACAACCAUCAGGAUCUCAAAGAAGGCGAGGAGAUCUCCCCCGACGGUGAAUCUCGGCCUCGCAAGCGGGAAGUCAUGCACGUACAGAAGUCGUAGCCCCCCGGCCUGGCCCGUACAUUCCGUAAAGACUGGUUAGUGGGGAGGGCCUGUUAUAUCAUCAGUUAACACCUGACACUUCUCUGUCUUUUGUGGGAUUAGAAAAGUGUUCGUGAUGCUAUCUUGGUUAAAAUACUUCUAUUUUUUGCAAUCUUCUAAAUUGAGAUUUUUUUGUGUCCAGUAGACAAUAACUUUUUUGUUUAUAAACUUAUUGAAAACUACUUUCUAUCAUAAAAAUAAUAUCAAAUUCAGAACCAGAGUAUCAACAUUAACAAAAUGAAUUGAGAAAGACCCCUUUUCUUGCUAGAUUUUUGAAGAUCAAAGAAAAAAGAAGUAUUCUUACCAAGAUUUGCAUUGUGCAGCAUUUUCUGAUCACAAAGAGGGCGGCCAACUGUCAGUUGUAACUGAUUGUGCAAUAGUAGACCCGAAAGACUCUGCCGUACGCCAUCGUGAAAAGUGACGUAUGUUGGAGUCAUACAGUGAGUUGUGGAUAAGUAGUGGAGCGGUACCUCAUUCUGUGUUAGCACUUUACAGUACAGGCUACUAUUUUUGCCUACGCGGAGGAAGUAAGAAAUAGCCCCUUCAAAAGGGAGUGACUUUGUGGACGGAAUAACGAGGAGAGUGUGGCUGAGCGAGUGUAUAUGCGCUGAUCGUUUAGGGGGCUAUCAUUUACUUUUUCUGCCUGUCCUUUAUGAAAUGAAUUGAAACGAAUACCUGUGGAAAAUUGCAAGCCGCUAGUUUUUUGUAAGUCUUGUUCCCUGCACUGUAUUUGAGAUUGGUUGGUUGUAUUUUGCUAGCUUUUUUUUUCCUGGUACAGAUUUUGUGGGUUUUGGGUAUUUUUGGUAUAUAUGUUUGACGUGGUUGUGUUGUAGUGAUUUUUUACUCGGAUGUAAGUGGGGGUCAUUGACUCAGUGUGUACUUUUCUGGGUUAUGGUGCGAGUAACCGGGGUUUGAAUCCCAGAGGGGGGUCUAAAUUGAACUUGGUUUGAAAGAGUUUUCAUAGCUGUUGAAUGUCCUGGCUUAGUGUUGUCAGAUUUAUAUUUGGAGGUCAGGUGGAAUAAAUGUGUCUUUCUGUGUUGAAGGGUGAAGGGUGUUAAACAUGAGACCAUAUCUGUACUUCACCUUUGCUCGGAUAUAGUCACAGGCCUAGUCUAAUAGACAGCCAUUCAGUGUGGAAAAGUGUUCAACUUAUACAAUAUAUUGAUAUUAACUUACACUACCGAUAGCGCCAGAGUUCUGGUUUAGUAGACAGUCCUCCUGUGUGGAAAAAGAUAUCUAAUAACUAACAGCAUGCCUCACCUUACACUGAUAUCUUGGAAGAUUCAAACGUCCUUAUGGAUUUGUACAAACUGAUCAAGUUACUUGACAUUCAUCAACGCUAGACUGAGACAUCGCAGUUUGGGUGCAACAGUCUCAUCAAAGCUUGGUAACAUUUCAUUUUUGAUUCUAUACUGAAACUGCAGGCCUUGGAACUUACUUAAUACUAUUCUACUAUUCAUCAUUUUCUUCUUACCUUGAUAUACUUAGUUGUCAUGUGGAACUUGAUAUCCUAUUCAUAAGACUGAAAUUGAUUUUCUCUUUAUUAACUAUAUCACACAACCAUUACUGGUCAAUGAUUUGCUCCUUUAAAACCUGGCCAAGACAUUGAUACAAUAAAGACUCAAUGUCUCGUAGACUAUCAUAAAUGUUUGAUAUAGUAAAGACUUAAUGUCUCGUAGGCUAUCAUAAAUGUUUGAUACAGUAAAGACUCAAUGUCUCGUAGGCUAUCAUAAAUGCAGACAAGGUCAAGACAUUGAUAUAAUAAAGACUCAAUGUCUCGUAGGCUAUCAUAAAUGCAGACAAGGUCAAGACAUUGAUAUAAUAAAGACUCAAUGUCUCAUAGGCUAUCAUAAAUGUUUGACAAGGUCAAGACAUUGAUAUAGUACAGAGUCCUUAAGAUGAUACCAUUAACUCUAUGUAUACCCAAAAUAUGAUGAUGAGCGCCUUAAUUCACUGUGUCGUGACACUUUUGGUAACUGAUAGGUGAUCAUUGAGCUUUUAAAAAAAUAUUUUAGAAAUCACAUGUUUGUGUUAAGUUCUGGAAUGUUCUAGAAUGUAUUUGAUAAGAUGGAUGACUUGUGUGGAAUUUUUGUACGGGCAGCCUAAAAGUGUGUAACUGCUUUUUUUUUCAUAUUGUCACAUGUGAAAUGUGUGAGUAAUUUUUUAAUUGAUAUUUUAUCUUGAUCUUGUAAAAUAUUUUGAUCUAACGCAAGAGGAGUGGGUGCUUUAUUUGUCGGAGAUGUUCUUCUGCUUUCUGUAU